GAUUGCAGGCUCACAGCACAGCACAGCACCAGGAUUCCUCCAUUUCCACCGGCGCCGGCGGCCGCCGAAACCGCCCGCUGCACUCCGGCGGCCGCCCACCGUUUCCCCCCACCAAAAAAGGUACCACCGCCUCGCUCCUUAACCCCCCUACCCCCGACCAUGUCGCCGCGUUCUCCUCCCUCCAAUCCGCCAUGGCGGCGCCCAAGCCACUGUCCCCGCGCCUCGCCGUCCCGCUCGCCAUUGCUCUCCUCCUCGCCCUCGGCCUCGUCGCCGACUUCCUCUGGUCAUCAUCUUCCUCCUCUGGCACCUCCGGCCGCGGCCAGCUCGCCUCCGCUUCCAGGACGCCUAUGCAGGCAACGGCGAAGAAGAGCGGUAGGGCGCGCGGGAAGAAGCCGGCGGCGGAGGGCUACCUCAAUGCGACGUACGCCGACAUACCGGCGCCGCGGUGGGACUGGGAGGAGAUGCCGGCGGCGCCCGUGCCCCGCCUCGACGGCUACUCCGUCCAGAUCGGCGACCUGCUCUACGUCUUCGCAGGGUACGAGAACCUCGACCAUGUGCAUUCUCAUGUUGAUGUGUACAAUUUCACUUCCAACACAUGGACGGGGAGGUUUGAUAUGCCCAAGGAGAUGGCAAAUUCACAUCUAGGAAUAGCAACAGAUGGGAGGUACAUUUACGCGCUGACCGGGCAAUUCGGUCCCCAGUGCCGAUCACCUAUAAACCGCAACUUCGUUGUAGACACAGUGACAAAAGAGUGGCAUGAACUGCCCCCUUUGCCAGUUCCUAGGUAUGCACCCGCUACUCAACUUUGGCGUGGACGGCUCCAUGUGAUGGGUGGUGGAAAAGAAGAUCGCCAUGAACCUGGAUUAGAGCACUGGAGCUUAGCUGUCAAGGAUGGCAAAGCAUUGGAGAAUGAGUGGCGAACUGAGAUAGCCAUACCCCGUGGUGGACCUCAUAGGGCAUGCAUUGUUGCUAAUGAUAAACUCUUUGUCAUUGGCGGUCAAGAGGGAGACUUCAUGGCAAAACCAGGCUCGCCGAUAUUUAAAUGUGUACGGAGGCAUGAGGUUGUGUACGGUGAUGUGUAUAUGCUAGAUGAUGGAAAUAAAUGGAAGCAACUAUCUCCACUGCCAAAGCCAAAUUCCCACAUAGAGUGUGCAUGGGUUAUAGUUAAUAACUCUGUAAUAAUUGUUGGUGGAACUACGGAAAAGCAUCCUAUUACCAAAAAGAUGAUUCUUGUCGGUGAAGUUUUCCGGUUCGAUUUGGAUACACUGACAUGGUCAGUCAUUGGCCGCAUGCCUUUCCGAAUCAAGACGGCCCUAGCUGGUUACUGGGAUGGUUGGCUCUAUUUCACUUCUGGGCAGCGAGAUAGGGGGCCUGAUAAUCCUGCUCCAAAGAAAGUUGUUGGUUGCACGUGGAGAACAAAACUACACCUUUGAUGUGGAAAGUUUUAGCUGUUGUUACUGUAGAUUAUAGAUCAUGACCAGCUGUUGGGUGAUUACUGAUGACACUCUCUGCUGGAUGAUUGUGACUCAGUCAUUUCUUCUUCUUCCUUUGUGUAGCUUAAACUUUGCCGGCAUUGACAGGGGACCUGUCACAAUUAACAAUGGCUAAUCAUCACCGCAUGGAACUGACUUGGUCUUAUCGUCUUAUUUAGUAGGAUUUAAUUAGGCCCAACUUCUCCGUGGACGCCCGGUCUGGCGGUGGCGGAUGGGCGGCCGGCGAUGAGCUCGCCGUCGUUGUCGCCGCUGAGGCGAGCUGCUCGCCCGGUCACCGACUACCACCUCAAAUCCAUGCAUGCCGAUAUAUAUUUUCUGAAAGCUCACAUCAUCGUAUGAUACUAAGUAGGGUCAAAAAUUAAAUUUGGUUCGAGUUAAAAAAUGUAGCUGUUCUUGUUACUGAAAAUUAGAUAUCAUAGAACUGUUGUGUUGUAUAUGAAAACUUUUUAGUAAUCAUGGCUUCUAAGCUACAUCAUAAUCAUGUAGCCUCAUUAUUUUUACUAAUGAAUUCCUGGUCUCCUGGACUAUUUUCUUUU